AUGUCAAUUCUUAUCAAUGGAAGCACUACUAAAGAUUUCAAUAUGGGAAAAGGAUUACGACAAGGAGGCAUAUUGUCUUCGUUCUUGUUUAUCCUUGUUAUGGAAGGGUUAACUCAGGUUGUGCAUAAUGCUGUUAACAUGGGUCUAUUUAAGGGUUUCAAGAUUAACGAUAGGACUUCGUACAAUAUUGUUCAGUUCGCAGAUGAUACACUAUUGAUAGGUGAGGGAGAUUAG